AUGACAUGGUCGAUUCAAGACACGGUCGCGACCAGCCAACUCCUCGUGGCGACCCCCCUUCAUGGCCCCCGCCGUCUUGGCGCGUGGACGCCCGCGGAAAUCGAGUACGCGUACCACAUGUCGACGGCUUUCAAGCAGGGCUUGUUCGACGACGGCAUCCCGGAGCGGAAAAGCGUUCGGUUGUGGCUCGCCACGCUGCUCAACUGUGACCCCAUGCGGCUGAGCAAAAGGUUUCAUCGCAAGUCCAAUCUCAUGGGAAUGGCCUUCUUCAAGAAGAACCACGAAGCGCUGGCCGCCAUGUCCCCUCAAGAACGCGUCGACCGUCGCACCGCCAUGGAAACGAUGCGGAUGCGGUUCAUCGAGAGCAUCCGGGGCAUGGCGAAUCCAGUCCGCGGCCCUGCUUGGGCGGCACCCACACGACCGAACCUCGCACUCCGAAGGCCGCGGGCCCGUGAAGUUCCGGUCAAGAGUAGGGUGUCCUCUCCAACUAGCGUGUCGUGCGACGACGUACUCGCCAUGUGCGACCAAGUGGUCCUCGACUUGGCGAUCCACCUGGGCGAUCGCGACUCGAACGAACUCGGUCCGUUCGACUGGGAAGCGCUCCUCUCGUUGCUCUCCAACGAUCGAGAUGAUCUUCCAGUCGCGGACGGCAUUGGCACGGAGUGGGAAUUGUAG